AUGAACUGGAAUUGGACUUCAAGAGACAUUGGGAAGAGUUCCGUUCGUCAUCUUCGGAGAAGAGUGAAAUGCAUUGCUAUCUACAUGGAUCAAUACGGAGUGCUUGAGCAAAUUGGAAAGGGGGCAUUUGGUGCUGCCCUUCUUUCUUCAGUGAAACUUAAACUUCAACUCUUCCCUGUUGAUGAAACUACAUGGAGAGCCUUGGAAAUGGACAAUCACAACCCACAUUUGGAGCUGACUUUAAGUACACGAAAGAAAAUAUCAUCGGUUUUGGAACAUAUGACUCACAUUGAACACAUGAUCCCUUUUCUAUGCUACUUUAAACUCAAUUGCAUACUUCUACAUGGUAUGCUCUUGGGGAGGGUACACCUUUAUUAUCAACCUGAUACCAAUGCAUGUGCUUCUUUGCAUUGUGACUGGUCGCUAUUCAUCUCGGCUCUACAUUGCAUAUGCUCCACUUGUUGUCUUGGGAACAUUACUUGCAUCAUUAGUGCCUGUUGUUUUAGGCUUGCUUUUAGAUUCAACAAUCAAAAACCAGUUCGAAGAAUCCUCUCUCCAAAGAUGUUUAAAGUAGCUGCCACCCUCGUUAUUUCAGUUGGCAUGGUGGUAUGUUGUGCUGUAGUACCUGUACUUGUAGCAGUGGUUGCAUCUAGUCCAACAAAGGGAUGGAGUGGAAGAAGUCUAAGUCUUCUUGAUCCAACGUAUGCAAGCAAAUACAUACCAAUUAUUGCAAGUGUCAGUGAACAUCAACCACCUACUGGGCCAUCUUACUUUAUGGAUCUAAAUGUAUUAGCAUUCUUGGUUCCUGCUGGAAUUAUUGCAUGCUUUUCACCUCUCUCUGAUGCAAGUUCCUUUGUCAUCCUUUACAUAGUAAUGUCGGUUGUUGUAUCAGUGCAAAUUCUUGAAAAUACAUUGAUGGUUUGUCCAGGUAUGGGCUGUAUUGAAGCUUGGAUUCUUGGAAAAAGGUAUCAUGUGGAAAUAGAAGCAUAA